AUGCCUCAAACGGAGGAAGUUCAAUGUCCUUUAUGUUCCUCUAAAGUUUCAAAUUUUCAUAUUAAUUUAACUUCAGAUCUAUUGAUGUGUAUUAAUGAAUCGUGUACGUAUCCAUUCGAAACAGAGGAUAUCUCAAAAUUUAUUGUGCAAAAUGAUGAACAGGCGGUUCUGGAAUCUGACUCAGAGAUUCGAAAUGGUGAGACCAAUGACAUAGAACUCUUUCCAUCAAUCUCAGGUGAUCCCUCAUUUGAUCUAAAUCCUUUUAAAAGCAACAAUGAUCUUACCUUCACAUCGCCGAUAUUUUCGGUCGAAAAAAAUAAUGAAAUAACGGAUUUAUCACAAUUCGAUGAGAUCCUGAAUAACCUUUCAGCAAAUAAUAAUGACUUUACUGCCAAUGGCAUUGAUAUGCUGUUAAACGAAAUUGACUUCUCAUCAACAUUGGGAAAUGAUGACAACAAUAAUUUAAAUCAGGCAGAUCUGAAUAUUACGUUACCAUUAAUAACUAAUAACGAAUUAGAAGUAACAGAUAACUUGACACCUAUAAUAAGUGGGGAUGAUCAUACUAUGACUGUAGACAAUAUUAUUUUUUUGUUGUUUUAA